UCAAACAUGAAGACUUUCGCGAUCUUCGGAGUUGUGCUCCUCGCUGCGGUCUCGUGCGCCAUUCCUCAUGGCGGCGGACAGUCGAGCUCAUUCAGGAAACAAGACGACCACGGCAACUAUGCUUUCGCCUACGAUAUCAAGAACGGCUACGGAGCCGUGAACGGUCGCAAGGAGUCUGGCUCCCACGGGGGAGUCGUAGGAUCAUACUACAUCGGAGAUGUCGAUGGACGCCACAGGAGCGUGCACUAUGUCGCUGAUAAGCUCGGAUUCCGCGCUCAGAUCAAAACCAACGAGCCAGGAACUAAGACUUCAUACGCCGCCGCUGCUGUCUACGACAGUGCCAAUGGGAAGGUUGCUCCCUCCGGAAGUCUUCACGUCGCCCCUCAUGUUGUCGCUCCCGUGGUCGCUCCUUAUGGUUACGGUCACGGUUACCUGGGUUAGGAAACUGAUUUUAGGAGCUAUGCCUGAUUGAGAACUCGAAAAUCCCAAUCGAGGGAAGGCUUCGAUAGCUGUGAUUGACUUAAUGUGACGUACAGUAUCCUGUUCCAUGGCCUGUUCUAGUCUGAUCGCUAUACCCUGGACGGACGUCCGGUCUUUGUCUUGUGAAAGCUGAUCUUAUACUUCUUAUUCCCGCAUCUUCUGCGCUCCCGGCCUCCUCUCGAAUCUGUUCUGCUCUCCUUAUGGUGAAAGGGGGAACCCUCUUGGGAAUAAAAUACUGAAUUCUAUCAA